AUGGAAGUGGAGGAAGAAGUUAUUUUCGCCAUUGUUGCAACACCUGUUCAAAUCAUUUCUGGCUUUCAGAUAGAAUCACAGUUCGACGAACCCUACCUUUCCACCUCACUUCAAGAUUUUUGGGGUCAUAAAUGGAACCUCAUGGUCUCCGUUCUAAGCCCCUCCGUAUACGGCCCUGUACGCCGUAUGUCUACUCCUUUCAUGGGUCCUUUCUACGCCAUGUUGGUGGCCAUGUUCGCCACCUUUCUUGUGUCUGGACUCAUGCAUGAGUUGAUUUAUUAUUACGUUAUACGUGUGCCUCCCACAUGGGAAAUCAUGCUUUUUGUGCUUCACGGUGUGUGCACGGUGGCGGAGGUGGCAGUAAAGAAGGUGGCUCUCCGUCGUGGGUGGCGGUUGCACCGUGUGAUUUCAGGAGUGCUUGUGGUGGCGUUCUUGAGUGUCACUGCGAAUUGGUUGUUUUUUCCUCAAUUGUUGAGGAAUGGCAUGGAUCAGAAGUCUUCCGAAGAGUAUGCUGUUUUGAUCAAUUUCUUUAAGUCUAGAUUACAAUUAUUAGAUGUGUUUAACUCUCCUAAGUGA